AUGCUCGCACAACACUUGACAUCUCUCAUCGUCAUUGUCGGACUGGCCGCUCUGGUGCGCGGCUUCCAGGAGGUCGGGGGUUCCCCAUGCACAACAGUAGGAUCUGCAUGCAGCUGGUCGUACCUAAAUAGCGGCGGCAGCACGGUCAAUGCGAAUGGGUUCUGUGCUCCGAACGGCUUCUGCGGUGACAACGGGGCCACGUGUUCAACAUCAGACAACUGCUAUGACUACUGUGGCAACGGAGUAUGCGGCGGUCUCGGAGCGACGUGUAACACGAAAGCUGCGUUUUCCCACAACCAGUUUAACGUUGCGUGUUAUACCAACGGCGGGUACACAUGCAAUGCCGAAGGUUCGAACGGCUCGUGUGUGUCAUCCACAUCUCCAGCUUCGAGGAGACGUGCGCGUCAACAACUCUCAGUGAACGGACCAGCCGCAUGCCGACGCAACACCGACACACUCUGUCCAAACGUCCAUGGGUUAGAAGCGGAGUGCGUCGACCUUGCUUCCGAUUUCGAGAAUUGCGGCAAGUGUGGGAAAGAAUGUGGGGACAUGGAGGGCGGUGCGACCGUGGAAUGUGUCAAGGGGAGGUGCCUAGCAAAGAGCUGUAGGAGAGGUUGGAUGCUCUUGGGCAAUGUUUGUGUACGAACUGCCUCCUCUUGA